UUCAGGCUGUCGUCUCCAGCGAUACUAAUGUGACCGCCUUGGCCUCGGUAUCAGCUGACGCACAAAAGGUCGUGGAUCCACAGAGUCCAGCAUCUGGUCCAAAUCCAAAGACCACGCCAGCAGCUGCUGCCAACAAAACUACAACCGCUAAGCCCAAAGAUGACGACAAAUCAACCACUCAGCCUAAUCCCACGCCCAAGAGCAAGAAGGAUCCUGCUGUCGCAAUAAAGGGGUCACCUGUCCCGUCACCUUCAAGUUCUGGGGCCAAAGUGACUGCAGAGGCGGAUUCAGCACAGGCGACCACUGCUGCUCCGGCAGAGGCCCCUACUUCAAAAUCUGCUCCAGAAAAGCCCCCCUCCUCUUCCUCCUCCGCCGCCGAAGUGGCCAAACCAACAGCCGCCGCAGCAAACCCACCCACAGAGGAAAGCACUGAGCCGCUGCAGGGUACAGAUAAGCAACCCGCAACGACUCCCUCUUCCAACGACAGCAAAUAUCCGGAGGAUGAAGAGGAUGAUGAAGAGGAUGAUGAAUACAUGGACAAUGUAGGCACUUUGGAAAAUGGUACUGAUGGAGACGGAGACGAUAAAGGCCUAAUCAACCCCAAACAGGAGGUUAAAGAGGUCGAUGAAGUUCAACCAGGCAACCCCGAAGAGCAGGACUCCCACUUCUUCUUUCACCUGGUGAUCCUGGCCUUCCUGGUGGCCAUCGUCUACAUUACCUAUCACAACAAGAGGAAGAUCUUCCUGCUGGUUCAGAGCCGACGCUGGAAGGACGGUUUAUGUUCUCGCAACAACGUGGAGUACCGCCGCCUGGACCAGAACGUCAACGAGGCCAUGCCGUCCCUCAAGAUGACCAAAGACUACAUUUUCUGAUUGACGCUCCUAUAAACUUGUUGCAUGUCCAGACCGGCACAGAGAUUUGGUUCUCCUUUUUUUUUUUUUCUU